CAGAGCGCUGGUCCCUCCGGCUGUACUCUGCAGGCGCACAUGCAGGCCCCGGGAGAUGGUGGAUUUGCCCCAAGACUCUGCAGAACGUCUUAAACUGCCCCCCUGCGUUGGAGGGAGGGGGAGGGGCUGCCUGCAGCAGUUCCUGGGCCCAGCAGAGGGUCUGUGGUGAAGGGAUGGAAGAUAGGAGGGCCAGGGAAGUGAGGGAACUGGGACUGCCAGUGGGCACACCCAAACACCCCUCCCAGAAACUUUCAAUGGCCCAGCCCAGAAAUUGGGCCUCUGCUGCCCUCUAAUGGAGGAGCGGCAGCCUCCGGAGCCCCCUGCUGGCACCCCACCAGCCGGCUGCCCUGAGGAGGCGGGGAGAAGACCUGCCUGCCCAGACUUUGUAUCCCAGCAGAUUCUUGAGCGUCAUUUCCCACAGCCUCUGAGCUAAACUUUCUCCCCUUCCAAGCAGCUCCGGCCUCCCUGCUUCCCGAGCACCAUUUCUUCCGUUUCUUUUGUUGCCUGGGUUCCGAUUCUGGUACCCUGGUUCCUGGCUCUGCCAGGGUUCUGGUUCCGGAAGGCCCUUACCAGGCGCCUCGGGCCUAGCUCCCACCUGGGCCCAGGGUGGCUCUGAGGACAUGGGCAAGAAAGUCUCCCCACUGGGGCAUCUGAGCGUCCGCAAAAGCGUAGUGGGCUUGACCAUAGGCGCCGGGGCCGUCUACCUGCUCUACAAGGCCAUCCGGGCUGGCAUGCGAGACCAAACGCCCAUCUCCACCUCCUCGCCCACCUGCAUCGCCCGCCUGGCCAUCGAGCGAGAGCGGCACGGGGGGGACUCCGGUGAGCUCCGGAGGCUUCUCAACUCUCUGGAGAACAAACACGACGAGUACGCCAAGGGCAUGGUCCUGCACAACAUCACCCGUUGUGUGUACUUGCUGUCGGCUGAGGCCUCUGCUUGUACUCCUGAUGACAUCAUGCUCGUGGGCUCCAUGCUGGAUGACAAGGACAACAGUGUCAAAAUCCAAGCUCUGAACACCCUUAAGGCCUUCUCUGGCAUCAGGAAGUUCAGGCUCAAAAUCCAGGAGCACUUCAUCAAGGUCCUGGAGCUGAUAUCCACCAUCUGGGACUCGGAACUGCACAUCGCUGGCCUCAGGCUCCUCAACAACCUCCCGCUGCCCGACUUCCUGCACCCACAGCUGCGACGGGUGAUGCCCGCCCUGAUGGAGAUUCUCCAGUCGGACUAUAACCUGGCACAGGUGCAAGCCGUACGACUGCUGAGCCACCUGGCACAGAAGAAUGACCUGCUCUAUGAUAUUCUCAACUGCCACGUGCACGCCAACUUUCUGAAUCUGUUCCAGUCCAAACAAUCUGGGAGUCUGUUGUUCGAGGUACUGGUGUUUGCCGAGCGGCUGAGCGAAGGCCGGAAUACGCCACACUACCGCGCCGUGAAAUGGCAUUACAACGAAAAGUCUCUGCACGAAGCUCUCUUUGGGGAAAAGUCACGGCUGGCAGACCGGCUGCUGGCCCUGGUCAUCCACCCGGAGGAGGAGGUUCAGAUCCAGGCCUGCAAGGUCAUAGUCAGCCUGCAGUGCCCCCAGGACAUACGAGGGCAGUGCUCCUCCUGCUUUUCCCGUCAUUCCUACCUUAAGAAUGCGGAAUAAAAGUAAGGAGAGCCAAUAAAUGAAUAUGGGAGAGAA